UUUACAUAUACUGUUAAGUUAUAAAUAGAAAUAAAUGGGUAAACGGAAAAAGAUAGGAGAGCGUUCCCGAGGAAACAACAACAACAGUCACUGCUAAUGUAAACUCAGCCUACACAUAGAAUUUUCACUAUAAAAGGUUAUCACUGGUCAAUAUGGAAAUGAAAGGACCAAGUUAUACCAACAUAUCAGGACAGAGAUGGCGGAUAAUAGCUUUUUUACUCGGACUGUUGUCUAUUGGGUUAGCAAUAGCACUCACCGUUGUCGUUAUAAAGAACAACAAAUAUGACAAGCUAGAAAUUGAACCAUGUCCAACCACUAGUGAAAAAUACGGAAAAAAAAACCUUGAACUAUCAGAUACACGUUCUGUAUUUGUUCAUCUGACAAAAGAUGAAAUUGAAGGACUCCGAGCGUUUUUAUACGACCAACAAGAAUUAAAUCUCGUAGACCUGAAAGACAUUGACGUAGACAAAAAUUUUAUUUUUUUAAGUGAUUUAUAUUUACCCGAGAAAAAAGAUGUCUUAAGAUACCUUGAUAAGAAUGGACCAAAACCACCAAGAGAAGCUCAUGUUAUCAUAUUCAAAGGAAAUGAACAACCACCAUAUAUUCAGGAAAUCAUAGUUGGCCCACUACCAACGCCAACAUACUACCGAUCCGUGCCAUUUAGGCCUGAGAAAAUCCCAUACAUAAACCGCCCACCAUUUAGCGGAAAUGAAUAUCAAAAAAUGUUAAAAUUUUUAAAAGAAAACAUUGAUCCUUACCUUGGUUUUAUGUUCAUUGAUAUUUUUGGCGCACGACUUACAAAUUGUAAUGAUGCCUGUCUUCAUUUUGGAAAUGUUGUACCCGUAUCUCCUAUACUCUCUGGCGAAAACAAAAGGAAAAUGUGGGCGUCAUUAAAUCAUAUUUCAGAGUACUCGCUAUACCGGCCAUUAGAUUUUUCUGUACUUGUUGAUAUAGAUAUUAAGGUAUUUACUAUUGAAAAGAUUUGGUUCAAUAGUACAAUAUUUAAUAACAUCACUGAAGUGUUAACAUUUUAUAAUCAAAACAAAGAAACUAUUUCCAAAAUUGCUUACCCAGUGUAUAGCUCUGACGAUUUUUCUACUUUGAACCAGCGAGGCAUUCCUCCAAUGGAUCCACCGCUUAGAAACCCAAAACAGUUUUCGCCUGAUGGUAAGCGAUACAAUGUCCAAGGACGUCAUGUUGAAUACAUGUUUUGGAAAUUUGAUUUUCGAAUGUCUACAAUACAUGGACCACAGUUGUAUGAUAUCCGAUUUAAGAACGAACGUAUUGCUUAUGAACUUAGUGUACAGGAAAUUGCUGUUUUUUAUUCUGGUUUUAAACCAAAUGAUAUUUUAGCACAAUUUCUGGAUAGCAUUGCACUUAUAGGCUUGCAAUCAAAAGUUUUGUUUCCGGGUGUUGACUGUCCCGAAGAUGCUACACUUAUUGGCUCUAGUUUCCAUGUAGGAGGUGUAAGUGCAUAUGAAUUAACAACCUCGUUUUGUCUGUUUGAAUUGAAUACAGGUAUGUCAUUUAGGAGGCAUCAUUCUUACUGGUUUGGUAAUGGCAGAUUUUACGAAGGAAUGGAAAGUGUAGUUCUUGUCUUAAGGACCAUUCCUACAAUUGGCAAUUAUGACUAUAUAAUAGAUUUCAUUUUCUACCCUAAUGGAGCGUUAGAAGUCAAGGUGACGAGCACAGGCUAUGUCAGAGCAUUAUUCUAUACAAAAGGCGACGAAAAAUAUUCAUUCAAGCUACAUGAUAAUUUUGGAGCGCCAAUUCAUCAUCAUCUAUUUCAUAUAAAAGCCGAUCUAGAUAUAAAGGGUACAUCAAACAGAUUUGCAACAUUGGAUAUAGACACAGAACAGAUUGAAAACCGGUUCUCGGAAGUUCCUAAUGAAAAAAUUAUCCAACUCAAGUUUAAAACUUCUGUCAAAGAAACGGAAAAAGCCGCAGCUUACCGUUUUAAUUUCGAUGCCCCAAAGUACCUAGUUAUGUACAACGAACAAAUUAAGGAUAAAUAUGGUAAUGUUAAAAGUUAUAGAAUUUUAAAUAAAGGCAUGACUUAUCAGUUAUUACCAGUAGGAUAUGGAAAUGAACCAAUAGCUAGUUGGGCACGUUACCAAAUGGCAGUUACCAAAUAUAACGAGUCCGAGCGAACCAGUUCUUCUGUUUAUGGUUCUUUAGAUAUAAAAGAACCAGUAGUAGAUUUCCAGAAAUACAUUGACAACAAUGAUUCUAUUUUAGAUGAAGAUUUGGUAGCCUGGAUUACAAUGGGACAAUAUCACAUUCCACACACAGAAGAUCUUCCUGUCACAACAUCGCCUGGUAUGGAUAAUAGUUGUUUAUUCUUGCCUUAUAAUUAUUUUGCUGAAGAUGCAGCUAUUUCCUCUAAAAAUGCUGUACGCGUAGAGCCGAUACAAAAGUCCAGAAGAGGAUCAGCUGUAACAGUCCAGCGAUAUGGCGUGAAACGGGAGUCCAAUUGUCUUCCAAAUGAUCAUAACUAUGACGAUUUAAUAAAACAAUAUCCAAAGUGGAUCAUCGAUAAUUGAAUAGUAAGAAUAAUAAUGAUAAUUUAAUUUGAUGUACCCUUUUCUAUGUUUAUAUGUUAGAAUUUCUUAUGUUUUAUGUCUUUUAUUGGUAAAUUUAACCUUGCAUUGUGAUCUUCGAAUUUACCAGACGCACAAUGAUCUUAGUAUUUCCUUAACCCUGACAACAGGUCAGUGUAUAUUAGAUUUUAAAAUACAAAUAUUGGGGAUAUGAUCGCAAGAAACUUGCUGGUGAAUAAUUAAAAUGAAAACACAGAAAAUAAAUCAUCAAAUGUAAGCAUUUACAUCUAAAUUUAGCAAACGACGAGAACAAACUUUGUAGAAGUGUUGUAGAAAUAAAUUCAGAAUUAUGUUUUGAGGUUAAAUUUCAGAGCAUUCAACUCAAUUUAUUUUUAUACUAGCUGCCUAUGUCACAGAAACAUACCAGUAAUUCGUAUAUAUACAUAGCCCGAAGCUAGAUUUGCACAAGCCAAAGUAUAACAGUAAAAUUGCAACAAGCGCUUUUAAAUGCAGUAAGGCAAAUUCAAACGAUCUGUUUUCUAACAAUAAUAGUAAUUUCUGCUGCCUCUUAUAUACAAUUAAUGUAAAUAAAUCGAGAAGACCUUACAUGUCAAGUACUUGCCUUAUAAUCGAAAACCCAAAACUGAUAAUUAUGAGAAAAAUAAAAAAAACAACAAUAGACUGACCCUAUAUGUUCAUAGUAGUAAAAGUUUUGAGUACGAUUAUCUUACUUAGACUAAGAAAUCAACCAUUCAAAAUACUGAAUUUGGAGUUUCGAGCACAAAUUUUGUACUCAUACGAGUACUGAGUACAGUUUCAUGACUCAGAUGCCUGGCUUAUGAUUGCGCUUUUCGUCAACAACAGUGGCAUGCAAUUCUAAACAUGUUGAAAGCAAAUCAGUUACGAAUUUGAAGAGCACUGAAAAUCAAAUUCCCAAAUUUUUUUUCCAAAUAUUGCUAAGGUUAUAUAUUCCUUGGUCGAAAAAACAAAACUCAUCAAAACUACCAGGCAAAUAAUUUGGAACGCCAGACGCAAAUUUCGUCUACAUAAGAAUUAUCAGUAGCGCUCGAAUAAAAUAGUUGGAAGGCCAAAUCAAAUACGAAGUUGAAGAGCAUAAAAAACAAAAAAUUCAGAAAAGUUGUUCUCAAUACGCCUAGAACACUCUAAUAUUCGGAAUGAUUUUAACAUUUUAUAAAUAGUGGUGCUCGAAACUUACUAUUUGAAACCCAGUUAAUAACCAAGUUAAAAAGCAUUGGAAACCCAAAUUCCGAAAUGACGUUUCAAAUUUGAGUAAGAUCAUCUAUGCCUGGGAUUCAAAACCUUGGUUAUUAAUCUUUUAACGAAUGUAUAUUUUUUAAUAUAUUUUCCUUUCAUUUUAAAGCACAACAUGCAUGAAUUAUCUUUAUUGUUUAUACAUAAAAAGAAUAUAUUCUAUAUUGAAAUGACUCCUGACAUUAAGAAGAACAUAUGCCCGAUAAAUUAGUUGUUUAGAGUUGGUAGAUUUCUUGAAUUUAGAAUUAGCUCAGUCGAUAAGAACACUCUGUAAAUUGGUGUAUGGAAAGGCACUUGUAGCUUAUGUAUAUAUUUUAUUUUACAUUUUUUUUUUAUCAAAAUAGAACACAAAUUGACAUUGAAAUGACAUGGAUGAGUUUAAUAGUAUGAAAGUAAGAAAAUAUGUUUUUACAUGCAUAUUGUGAAUAAAUUUGAGGCAACAGAAGUUAAUUGAUGUUCACAUAUUGAUGAUCCAUAAAUAUAUAUAAAUCAAGGUAAAAAAACGACAAAAACUGAGGGAAUAGCAUGAACUCAAAAAAGGGUGACAAGGGAAACGUCUCCUAAUAUGCAUGCAUCGACCGACAUGCGAAUCAAUCGGGAAUAGGGUACGAGAUCAGACGACUAUUCUGGCAUCUUAAGAUCUUAGACCGCGAACACAUGUCGCUAGUGCGUUGAGACACAGACAUGUAGUGAUAGUACUACUUACAUAGCGUCGGUUUUCCUCAUAAAAGAGAGGCAGAAGACACAAACUUACUCAAAGACAAACUAUCAACGCUAAAUGAAAACCAAAAUAAGGACUAGAAGACAAAGUGAAGUGUGAACAUGCACGAGCGUAAUGUAUUAAUAUAGAUAUGUAAACGCCAUUACGAUGGGGCAGAUGGUAUGUAACUGUAGAGAAAUGGGAAGUUGACAAUUGGAAAUUUGAAAACAUCACGUUUGUCAUAGAUUCUAGUUUGAAGUCGCCAAUCUGUUAUUAUCUAGGAAAAGAUAAAAAUAUGAAGCAGAUCUUCUAGUUUUCGUAUUAUCCUUAAUCUAAAAUUCACGUGGGUAAACACUAUAUAAGCCCGCACUGGAAUGUGGUUUAUUGAGUGACAGGACAGCAUCCAUAUAUCUAAAAGUUAAAUGAAAUAGCUUUGCAAGAUACUUAUACCGCAAUACAUACAUGUAAAUACAAGUUUCACUGUGAAUUAUUUCCAUAUAUUUGUGCACAUAUCUUUCACAUUCCAUCCUCCGAGUCAGUAAGAGACUUACGAGAUACAAAACUAAAUAUUGGGCUUAUUUAUAAUCGUAAGAGUCUGAAGCCAAAAGACAAUGUUUCCUGUUGAUUCUUUUAUAACUUGAUAUGAGAUUGUUAAUGACAAGAAAAAUACUGAAAUAAUUGUUCCUCGGGUUAGGUUGAGUAACAUUAACGGUACCAAUUUUAUAACACCAGAUGCACAUUUCAAAAAUUAAUGUCUGGACAAGGAAUGAAGCAACCAAAAUUUGGUUGAAGACCACGAAUAUGUUCCACUCAUCAGAGGCAUAAUCAUAUCCUCUUGCCUUCUUCGUGACGUAUCACCUAGUACUAACUAUCACCGGAUUUUAAAAUGUAAUCAUCAACAAUAUUAGUGCCACAAGUGGUGCAGGAACUGCCAAACUAUCAUGAAUAUAAUAUAAUGUAUUUAGUAUUGAUCAAUAUUUAGUUUUCUAUGUA